AAUCAGUCCAUUGAUGAUGAAAAUAAACAGCAAAAUCAAUCAAUAAUGCCAGUGAUCACAAAAUAAACAUGCUGUAGGUGUUUUAAGACAAACUGUGACAUUAUCAUAACUUUGAUUCCAACAAAUGGGUGUAAAUAACUUCUCCUCAAAACAAUUUUGGGAUCUCUGGUGCUUCUGGGGACUUGGAUCACAACACGAAAUGGUAUGCAGCCAUUUCAUGUUUGAUUUCGCGUCUUUCUUUGUGUUUUAAAACGAGUUCCCAUCUGCUUCAGUCAUUUAGGAAGAUGAUGCCAUGACGCUGUGAAGCUCCAGAAUCAUUUUACGGACCAACCAAACCUCACUUGGCUUUCCGUUAACAUGAGUGCAUAAUGACUUGAAUUAUCGUUUUUUGGGUGAAGUUUUCCUUUAAACUUAGACCCGCAAGCUGUAAAAAGUGAUGCUCGUCGUGAGGAGGCAGAGACUGGGCAUGCCCAGCCCGGUGGGGAGGGAGGAGGGAGGGAGAGGAGAGGAGAGGAGAGAGAGGCAGAGAGUUGAGAUGUCUGUGAGCUGCUGAGGAAGAACGACGAGGAGCUGCUGUCCAUUUUACAGCAUCACGUCUGAUUCCAGCUGACGUGAAGCAGACCGUCCACACGACACACACACACGCACGCACGCACACACGCACACACACACUGGAGGGCUGGAGGACGCGGUACAGAUGUGGACCGCAGUGUCUCAUUUGCAGCAUCUCAUCGUCUCUCCGGCUCCGAGGAGACGAACGCUGCAGCUGCUGCUCAGACAACAUCACAGUGAGUGGUUUCUCAUCAAAUACAGAAGUUUGUUCAGCGGCCUUAAGCCUCAAACGACGACGCAGUUUUUUACGUGAACGGAUUCACGGUGAAGUCAGCAAAGGUAUGAAGAAUAGCGAGCGGUUGGAGGUGUCCCACGGGCAUGUUUGUCCUCUGGCCGUGCAGCCUGUGUGUCUCUGCUCUGCACACAGACGCUCUGGGAGGCAGAAGAAAGACCGUCUAAAAAUAAACUGACACCCACCACCAGCAGAAAAACAAAAAACCAAACCAACAAAUAGAAGACGAGGACAAAGAAGAGGGUGUUUUUGGUCUCUUUUCACCCUGUCUGACUCUCUCUUUCUCUCUCUCUCUUUCUCUCGCUUUCCCUGCUCCAUUUCUGUUUCUGUGUCCUCAUUUUGGCCUGAGAGGAGGUCAUGUCCCAGUCUGGAAAAGUCCUUCAUUUGUAUGUGGAAGUGAGGUCUGCCCCAGAUCAGAAGGGAGGGAAAGAGGCGUUCGGAGACGAAGGGAUUGCUCAGGGGCGUUCGGUUCAGGACAGUCCUGCGGAGCUCCUUUCUCAGCUAGCGAACCAGACCGCCACAAAGCCCUCGGCGGCUCACCGUCUGGUUCAGGACUGCACACACAGCCAGUCUCCUUCGAGAAACACAGUCAGCUUUCAGCUCCAGCAAGCCAGCGGCUCCCCAUCAGUGUCCAAGCGUUGGAGUUCACCCUGUAAUGAAGCCAGCCACAGUCCGCCAAUGACCUCCUCUGGAAAGGUCGUUCUCCCUUACACACCUCCCAGCUGUCGAAGGUUUAAGGAAGAGCUCAGCGAUGGUAAACGGUCUGUGGUCACCUUCAGUUACGUUGAGAAGUCCAAUGUGAAGACUUUAGACAGUCCACGCAUCUCAGAGAGAGGGCCUAGAGAGGGCAGAUCGACCCCGUCACACAUUCGGAAAAGACUCAGCGACCCGGUUUGGUUUGGAAGUCCCGAUUCAUCGUGCAGCUCCAGUCCGAAGCUGACUUUCCGAUCUCCAGGAAGUCACCAGCAGACGUUCUCCCCCGGCCUUCGCCAAACACCCUUAGACCCCAUUGGCAGGGCAGCUACCCAGCGGGCUGUGGAGGAGUUCGGCUCGCCUUUACUGAGGAUUAAACUCGCCCACGCACUUGAGCACACCUCAUCAUCACGCUACAACCAACAGCCGCGCUGUCAGUCCUGGGCUGGGUCUCCUGUUCAGCGUCAGAACUUCUGCGUAAACCCCAAAGACCACUUCGCAGAGAGGAGCCAGGCCGUUUGUGGGCUGCCUCGGAGCCCAGCGUCAGACCAGCUAUCCUCCCAGUCCAGAAGGUCCCAGAGUCCUCUUCACUGGUCAGGAGAGGACAGAGCGAUGGCAGGCAGUCCAGCCACCAAAAGACACGUUUACAGGAGCUGCAACAGGAGCACUUCACCGCAGGGAGCAAUCCUACAACUUGGCAAUAACAUAAUCGAGGGCUUGAACCAGUUAAGUGACAGUAAAUCCUCCUCUCCAGCUCAUAGCCCUGAGGUUGCCCGCAGGCUCGCAGAGGAGGCCACUAAAGUUUCUACUAUUUUAACAGAGGCGAGAACGUCCUCAUUGCACAAUGCUUUAGGUGAGUCCGAGGGCAUCUCAAACUCCGGAGAAUUUCACGAUUCAACAAAUGCACAACAGUCUAAGCAAACGCUCAAGAUGAACAUCCCUUUAAACGACCAACACGCGCCAGCAACCGACAACACAGACUGUCACCAGCCCGAGAACUCUCUCCUGCAGUCGCACUCGCUUGAAACAAACUCUCAUAAUAACUGCGAAUCGCACCAGGAAGAGUGCGUUCAGCAUCACAGCUCCAUUUUAUCAGCGGCUCAGAGUUCUCCCGCCAUCCCUUCACGUGUCCUCCGUCCAUCUCAUCCUCCCACUGAGCUCAGCUCCCCCAUGAGGGACCCCAGGCUAUUCCAAGCAGAGCUCCGAGCACCGGAUACCCCGACUCUGCAUCGCCGGCAGCUCCCACGGUACACCAGAGACUCCUGGUCCCCGGGCCCGGACAAGAGAGGAGACCUGAGCUGUUUCGAGAGAGGGGACUGCACGGAGCUCGCUCGCAGGCUCUUUAUCAAUCAGAGUGUUGAAGAGGCGCCGGUCAGCUGGACAUCCAGGCAGCAGUGGGGGAGUCAGGUGGAGAACAGCCAGAGUCCGGAGCCUAAAACUCCCGAUCGUCAGUCCGUUCAACGUCGCAGGCCGCUCAGUCCCACGGCGCAGCAGAAACGGGCCGAGCAGCGGAGGAGAGAGAUCCUGCUCCUGGGCCCAGUGGCGCUGGACUCUGCAGAGGAGGACGAAGGCUGUGAUGACGAGGAGGAGCACGGUGACGAGAUGGAGCAGCAGCAGCCGCACCUGCAGAGGGUGGAGGAGCAUCAAGAGGCGGAGCAGAACGGAGCGAUGGGAGGGUCGUCCUCCCGGAGCUCCAGUGGGGUGACGGGCAGCUUGGGGGACAGAGACUGUGUGUCCCCGGAGUCCAGUCAGUCCAGCCACCAGAGCAACGAGACUGGGGCCGCCACCUCAGGAAUACAGACGGACAGUGGCUGUGCUGCGCCUGUGCCCUCGCUCCAUUGUCAGAGGAUCGCUCGCGCCAAGUGGGAGUUUUUGUUCGGGACCCCCGCUGAGGAGGCUGCUAGCAGGGGGGAGAAAAACUCUCUGGAAGCCUCCACAGCGCCUCCCAGUGGAAACUCCAGCGAGUCUCCCACGCCGACUCCCCCGUCAUCCCUCCCUCUGCUCUCGGCCAAUCACGAGGUGCAGCAGGUCGAGGUCGAACUGGUGACCCCGCCCCCAACCAUCAUCGGGACUUCACCCAAAACCGGCAUCAUUCGCCGCACGCUGAAGUACUCGGAAACCGACCUGGACGCCGUCCCGCUCCGCUGCUACCGCGAGACGGACAUCGACGAGGUGCUGCUGGCGGAGCAGGACGACGGCGACUCCGCGUUUGGGAGCAACCGGAGCGUUCAAGGCACCUCGGGGACGGGAAGCAGCCCGAUGGGGUGUCUGGCUUAUGGGAGGACAGGUGGGGAGGUGGUGGAGGACAGAGGAGGAGGGGGGAGGGAGGAUGGGGAAGAGGAGGAUGAGGAGGAGGAGGAGGAGGAAGACGAGGAUGAAGAGGAAGAGAUGGUGAGCUGGGCCAGCGUGAGGAUGCAGGGAGACAACAGGAAGCAGCAGUACGCCGCUCAGGAGGAGCCGGAGGUGUUCGGUCACCUUCUGAAGAGACCGAUGGAAACGUUCUUUGACAACCACCACCCCGCCCUGAAAUCGCCCAUCCUGGUCUCCGGUCCUCGCCUCGGAGCGGAAGACACCUUCAGCCGCCACUUUGAGAGCAUCAUGGAGUCUCACCGAGCCAAAGGGACGUCGUACAACAGCCUGGACAGCGAGGAGCUGCUCACCUCCAGCACCCAAGAAGUCCUGACCUUUGACCUGCCCACGCUGACCCCUGCCAUCCACGCUCCGGUUUGUCAGAGCGCUCGGCAGAUCGUCCAGCUCAGCUUCGCCCCGCUGGCACACGACGAGCGGCCCAGUCUCUCGGAUUCAAUCUUCACCGUCACCGGGGACUCGGACGCCACCCGAGCGCCGUCCAGCGAGAGGCUGAGCAGCGGAUCAGACGAUACGCCACCCAGAGGACGAAACUGUGACCAGCUGGGCAGCAGCUGGUACAGCAACAUUACCUUCUCUUUACCGAGCAGGGACAAGGCCCGCCUGGCGACCGACUCGGAGCUGGACCAGGACCUCAGCGACAGACUGGGUCUGGGCAGCAGCGACACCCUCACCAACGGAAGCCACCGCGCCGACGUGGCAGCCGCCAAGCGUCUGGCCAAGCGUCUUUUCAACUUGGACGGCUUCAGGAAGUCGGAUGUGGCGCGACACCUCAGCAAGAAUAAUGACUUCAGCCGCAUGGUCGCAGAAGAGUAUCUGAGUUUCUUCAACUUCACGGGCCUCGGUAUCGACCAGGCGCUGCGGACUUUCCUCAGGCAGUUUGCUCUGAUGGGCGAGACUCAGGAGAGGGAGCGGGUGCUGUCACACUUCUCUAAGCGUUACUUGGACUGCAACCCAAGAGUCAUACCAUCGGAGGACGCAGUUCACACUCUCACCUGCGCCCUGAUGCUGCUGAACACUGAUCUGCACGGUCAGAACAUCGGCAAGAGGAUGUCGUGCACUCAGUUCAUUGGCAACUUGGAAGGACUGAACAACGGCCAAGAUUUUCACAAGGAUCUGCUUAAAGCGCUCUACAACUCAAUCAAGAAUCAGAAGCUGCAGUGGACACUCGACGAGGAAGAGCUGCGGAAGUCGUUUUCGGAGCUCGGGGACAGCCUGUGUGACUCCAACGCCUCCAGAUCGAUGAAGCGGGUGGGCAGCAGCGGGAAGCCCCUGUCGGACGAGACGGAGCCGUCCGGAACGCUGCUGUACAAGAACGGAUUCCUGGUCCGCAAAGUCCACGCCGACUGUGACGGCAAGAGAACACCGAGAGGGAAGCGAGGCUGGAAAACCUUCUAUGUCAUCCUCAAAGGGCUCAUUCUCUAUCUGCAAAAAGGGGAAUACCGGCCCGAUAAACAGCUCUCUGAGGAGGACCUGAAGAACGCCGUGUCCAUCCAUCACUCUCUGGCCAUGAAGGCGUCGGACUACAGCAAGAGGCCCAACGUCUUCUACCUGCGGACGGCCGACUGGAGGGUCUAUCUCUUCCAGGCACCGAACGCAGAGCAGAUGCAGUCCUGGAUUACACGGAUCAACACGGUGUCCGCCAUGUUCUCAGCUCCUCCCUUCCCGGCAGCCAUCGGCUCACAGAAGAAGUUCAGCCGGCCGCUGCUGCCGGGGACGAUGUCGAAGCUCUCUGAGGAGGAGCAGGUCAGAUCCCAUGAAGCUCGAUUCAGAGCUCUCUCCACCGAGCUGGCCGAGCUGCGCUCCUACCCUCCUGACCGCAAGGUCAAAGGGCGAGAGCUGGAGGAGUACCGCCAGCGAGACGAGUAUCUGGAGUUUGAGAAAACACGGUACGGGACCUACGUCAUGCUGCUGCGAGCUAAAAUCCGUAGCGGCGAGGAAGACCUGUCUGUGUUUGAGUCUCAGCUCCUGGAGGACAACGGGCUGCAGAGGGCUCACUCCAGCCCCACGCUGCAGGACAGCAGCCAGGCCAGCCAGAUCAGCCAGGCCAGCAGCGCCAGGGACGGAGGCAACAGCAGCAAAGCCAGCGCCUGCAGCAGCAGCAAGCCUCGACAGGAAGGCCAGAGACACAGCUACCGGCAGGCCGUCAAGAAGUGAGACGGGGCGGGGGCGCCGGGAGCGGCACAGCGUUGCACUGCCAGCGGCAGGCUGUCUCCCUGCAGAGGUUUUUAUUUGAGAUCCAGGAGGGUUAGGAGCUCCGCUUGAAGGGGGAGCAGGGGUGAGGGUCUCCCCCACGCCCUCCCCCAAACCAUGACGCCCUACCCGGCACCCCAAUCUUCUCGUCUACCAGAGGAGGGCUGGGAAACACCAGCAAGGAUGUUGGUGCAGGAGGUGGGAGGAUCGGCUGGGAGGUCACAGGUCUGCAGAGACGAGGUGUCUUUGAGAACGUGCGCUGGGUGCAGCAGCAGACUGAACUGUGCACGGAGAUAAAGCGGGUGCUCACAUUGAACCGGGCACCGGACAGGGACGUACAUCCAGCAUCCUUUCCUUUACUCCCCUUUUGUUCUUUCAAGGCACCUCUCCGGCCUCGUUCUCCCACCUUUUUUCUUGACCUUUCACUCAGUUUUGGGACCAAACGCAUUUUAAAAAUAUCACAUUUUAGACGACUGAUGAGUUGAUUUCAGUUGACUUGCUGCCAUCUCUCUGAUUUGAAGCGCUGUAACAGUUGCUGGACUCGUCAAACAUCGCAGGGUGUUUCGGAGCCGUUACAUUCCAGCUCCUUUUUUUUUUUGCCACAUCGCCGCGGCAUGUUCACGUUCCACACUGUGGCCGGACAUCACAGCUUUUAGCUCCUGUUCGUAUUUCACUGAAGUUGAGUCUUAAGGACUGUGCACAAGGGCGUGGCUGCAGCGUACGACGCGAUGCGGUGGUGCAGCUCGGAGCAGCUCGUCUCUCCUCUUUACUCGAGUCGCUGAUGGCGACACCGUCAGUAGAAGUUCCUCAUCAAGAGUAUUUUCUGUUGCUCUACUUGAACAGGCGAUCUCUCUCCCGGUUGCUUUGCUUCUGUCCGUGGUGUGCUUCUGUUCUCUUUCUAUUUCUUGGCCGAACGUUGUUUUUCUCCAGUGAUCCGCAUGCCUGCAUCCAGCACAGCUUCUUUUAGGCCUUUUACUACACUGAGGGCUCAUUUAGUCCUUUUCCUCAUGCCGGUGCCAUGUUAGCCAACAUGUGUAAUCUGUCUGUACUUAUAGCCUCUUCAUUUAUAAGCCCUAUUUUAACACUCACCAGGCAGACCCUGAAUGUUCUUGUUUUUUCAAUAUUUUUACAGUAUUUUACAGUCGUUUGUUGAUGUAUCCCACCUGUGUAUGUCAAGUGUACGAUGAACUAUGAUAUUGAAAAAUGUAAAAGGAAAAUAUGUUACCCAUGCUCUUUGUAAACAUCCAGGAUAUGUUGUAUAUAACGCACCGUCAGCUUAUAUUGUAGGAUACAUGACAGUAUAUUUACAAUAUAUCCAACACGCUAUUGUGAAGAUGCAUUAAGGUACACUCAGAGUUCUCUUCUUGUGAGUCCCAAAAAGCGCUACGCGAUAAUCAUGUGUUGUUUUCUUUUUUUUUUUUUCUUACAUGGUGGUAAUAAUUCAGCACAAUAUGAGUAUUAUAGUAAAAGCCUAUGUACCUAUCAGAGAUUAGUAAGUGAUCGUAAAAGGGUUGUUAGUGGCGGGAAAAAAAAAAAAAAAGUGUGUGAGGAUUUUGAAGCGGGAAGUAUCCAAAGACAGCGCAUGGUUCGCUACUAGCAUGAUUUUAAAAGGGGGUCAGGGUUGAUUCUGUUGCAUGAAAAAGGUGAGGAAUGUAAAAAAAAACAAAACAAGAAAGAAAGAAAGAAAGAAAGGUGUGGCCGGACUGGUUUGGAUCCACGUGACGUUUGGGUUUGAUUUCAGUAGCCAUAUACACCUCACAGCGUUCUCGAUGUAUAGCCAUUUUCUACUCAGGCUUUUAAAAAACGACACCUUGAGCAGCUGCAGUGCCAGCGUCCGACCAGCAGGGAGAGCUGUCAGUUUUUUUUUUCAGCCAUAAUCACACCUGCAGUGAAUAUGCAUGGCGUCGCCCACUCACCUGACGGAGGUCGGGGGGGGUUGAUGGGUGUUGCAGGGCUAAAAAUGAGACGACAGGUGUUUGUAUUAACUGUGGAUGUCGAGUCUGUUCGAGUGUUUUAACACGUCUGUCCGUCGUACGUGCCGUACGUGAAUGUUGGCGUGUGCAUGCUGUUGACUGUUGGGAGGAGCCUCGUCCACCAUCCAGCAUCACUUCACUUAAUGUUGUUAACGGAAGAUUUCAUAUUCAGGCUGAAGCAUAUCACAGUGAUCACCUCGGGAUCACAUUCUGCCUGCAGUUUAAAACUGAUUAAUCGUUUAGUCAUCUGACAGCGACAAAGCCAAGCAACUUUUUAUCGCCAGCUGUUUUAAUUACAAGUGUUUCUUUGUCCCCUUUGAGAGCAGGACUGAUCAAUGCAAAGUUUAUAAUUGCCAAACGAUUGAUAGAUAAUGGAAAUCAUUGGUUGUCUGCCUCUCAAUCAUGUUCUGCCUGCAGAUAAAUGUCAAUUAAUCGAUUAAUUGUCUGAUAGGAAGUUAAUCUCCGACUAAAAUCUUUAGUUUCAAGCAAAAAUGCCAAAUAGUUUCAGUUCCAGCCUCUUAAUUAUGAGAAUUUCGCUGUUUUAUUUGUCUUUGUCAAAAGAGAAAGUAAAACUGAAACUAACUUUCUGUUUUGAGUUGAAAUAUUAGUUGAACAACUUUCUGAUGUUGUCUUGACCAAACGAUUAAUCGAUAACGGAAAUCAUCUGUGUCUCAGCUCAUCUUCUGCUUCUCUUGUCUACAUUUCAGUCCUUACACUGAUAUCACAUUCCAGUCUGGUGGUUUUUAAAAAAAACAAAAAAACAGAAAGUUAACGUGGAUAUUGUUGCCAUAUCUGACAUCUCAUACCGCUUAUGUAACGUGACCUCACUCUGUUUUCAUUCAUAGUGUUUUUACUCUGCUGGUAAUAACGUGGCCAAAGUGCCAAAGAGCAGCCAGAGUGUUGUUCAUGUUCUGCUGACGGGACGGACGAUGAGUCAUGAAUCAUUCUUAGAUAUUCAGCUACAUCAGAUAAAUCCAAACACUGCAUAAAUAUGAAAGCACUUCUUAGAUUUUAAUUUAAAUUCUUACAUGUAUUAAUAUUCUGCACUUAGGGGAGACACAAACGCCAAAACAGCUACUGAUGAUGAUACUUUACGUUACUGAUGGAUAUCUUUCUGUGGACGUUAUAACCAUUUGAUUUCCACAUUGUCGACAUUUUACGCCUCCCUGCUACAGAUAUCCUCUAGCACAAAUGCUUACAUUUAACAAAAACAGUCUUAUUUCAAAUUUCACUGAGUUCAUUCAGUUUCCAAAGGUUGUUAUUUGCAGCUGUUUCCAUAAUCGAUCCAUCUUUGUUGCUUUUAGCUUCUCAAAUUGCAGAUUUGCUGGUUUUCUUUUCCAUAUAUGACAGUCAGUGCUUUGUAUUUGUAUUUUGUACAGUGUUGGUCAGACUAAAACAGCAAUUUAAAGAUGUCACUUUUGCAUUUUUCAGCAUUCUCAGUAAAGUACAGAGGAAACCAAUAAUCAAGAAAUAAUCACAAAAUUGCAGCGUACAAGAAAAAUUGUGAAUGUGUAUCUGACAUUGUGACAUAUAUGGAAGCGUAUUAAUAUAAUUACCACAUUAAAAUUCUUAUAAUGGCUUGUACUCCCUCUCCUCAUGAGAAAUUCCAGAAUAUGUACGUGCAAAAAUUCUUCAUUUCAUAAAUUCAACAUCUGGACUUCUGUAAAGUCAGUUCUCAGUCUGUGUUUGUGACCUGGAGGCUUCAAAUGUCCACGACACACUUUUGCUUUAGCUGAAAAUUGGCUUCCAAAAUAUGUGUGAUGUCACAGAUCACGCUCAUAGGCCCCGCCUCCUAAAAUCGGAUCAUCAAUGAGCACGUUACACUCGUGGAAACCGUCUUAAACUCGGCACGUACGUCAUUCUACAAAGCGAAGCUCAGAGAUUCAACUUCAGGAACCAGAAGAAAAAUAUUACAGAAUUAAUAUUUUAUCUUUUGAUUUAACAAUUUUAUAGUAACUGUAGACGGUACUGAUAUAAGAUCCUUGUAACCGAAUCAGAGUUCAGUAACUUAAUGCACAGGCUCUACACAGGGUGGAUGAAUGUAGCGUGAAAGGAGAGCUGUUCAGAGCCUCCACCUUGACAAAGUCUCCAAGGUCCCCCCUCUCCUCCACCUCGUCCCCGUCUCCAUGUGUUGUCACCACUCACUUGCAUCAAAGAGCAGCUGCAGGAUCUCCAUGGCACUGGUUAGCAUGGAAAUGGCUGGUUCCCCUGGUGACGGCUCUGUGAUGCUCAAGUCAAAGUCACCCCGUCGUGCUGCAUCCACCUCUGUUAAAGCAGCAGUGCAUGCCUGCAGCGGCGUGGACAGGCUGUCCUUUUGAACGUGCACUGUCUCCACUCACAGCCUCAUCUUUGAAUGUAAAUAAAGCAUGAGAUGUUACGGCCUGCGUUCAUUUAUAUUACGGUUAGAGUAUUAAACGAAGGGUUCAUAUAUAAGGUAGGUCACAUUUUCUUUCCUGUCCUUGAGCUCGCGGUCAUUUAUUUUAUUUUUUUUUAGUUUUAUUUUUUAUUUUAUUUCUCUCUGUGAAUGAAGGAAAUGGCUGUAUUUAACGCUGUCGUAUGCUGUUGUGUUUUAGAGAAUCGAGCCAGCUCAUGAAUCUUUUUACAUGUAGAGGUCCGAUCUGAUCCAUCUCAGUGUUUUUUAGACUGGUGCAGUUAAAGGCAAUGUUCAUCUGAUGCUAUACACAUACAGUGAGCUACAGUACGUGUGUCACUGCCUUGUUUAAACUCACCAAGGAAAUGUUGUUUGUGAGCUUCUCAUUUUGGGAGGCAUAGAAGAUGAAAAAUAAAAGUGUUUUGGAAGCUUAA